GAGUCUCCAAUGGGCCGAGGACCACCCCCCCUUGUUUCACCCUUCUUCCAUUGGUGCCUGGGCGGAGCCGCCCUGACUUCGGGGGCCCCAGGCGGGAGCAGAGGCCGGGGCAGAGGGCGGAGGGCGCUGGCGGCAGCGGCCGCAGAAGAUGAGCAGCAGCUGCCCAGGGCUAAGCAGGGUCCUGGUGGCCGUGGCUAUAGCCCUGGUGUCUGCCUCCUCCCUUUGCCCCCAGGCCUGGGGCCCCCCAGGGGUCCAGUAUGGGCAGCCUGGCAGGCCCAUGACACUGUGUUGCCCUGGAGUGACUGCUGGAGUCCCAGUAUCCUGGUUUCGGGAUGGGGAGCCAAGGCUACUCCAGGGGCCCAGCUCUGGGCUAGGGCAUGAACUGAUCCUGGCCCAGGUGGACAGCAUUGACGAGGGCACCUACAUCUGCCGGACCCUGGAUGGUGCACUUGGUGGCAUGGUGACUCUGCAGCUGGGCUACCCCCCAACCCGCCCCACUGUCUCCUGCCAAGCGGCCGACUAUGAGAACUUCUCUUGUACUUGGAGUCCCAGCCAGGUUAGCGGUCUACCCACCCGCUACCUCACGUCCUACAGGAAGAAGAUGGUGCCAGGAGCUGAUGACCAAAGGAUGAGUCCCUCUACAGGGCCUUGGCCCUGCCCACAGGACCCCCCAGGGGCUGCCCGCUGUGUGGUCCAUGGGGCCGAGUUCUGGAGCCAAUACAGGAUCAAUGUGACUGAGGUGAACCCCCUGGGUGCCAGCACUCGCCUGCUGGAUGUGCGCUUACAGAAUAUCUUGCGCCCUGACCCACCCCAGGGACUCCAGGUGGAACCUGUUCCUGGCUACCCCCGCCGCCUGCGUGCCAGCUGGACAUACCCAACCUCCUGGCCCCGACAACCCCACUUCCUGCUCAAGUUCCGGCUGCAGUACCGUCCAGCACAGCAUCCUGCCUGGUCCAUGGUGGAACCAGCUGGAUUGGAGGAGGUGAUCACGGAUGCAGUUGCAGGGCUGCCCCAUGCCGUGCGGGUCAGUGCCCGGGACUUUCUGGAUGCUGGCACCUGGAGUGCCUGGAGCCCAGAGGCAUGGGGAACUCCAAGCAGUGAGCCUCUACUAGAGGAGACACCUGCUGGGGCCCAGUCACAAACACAGCCAGAGGAUGAACCUCAGGAGGACAGUCCUGCUCCCCCAAGACCUUCCCUGCAGCCAGACCCACGGCGACUUGAUCACAGGGACCCACUGGAACAGGUGGCUGUGCUGUCAUCUUUGGGAAUCUUUUCUUUCCUGGGACUGGUAGUUGGGGCCCUGGCACUGGGGCUCUGGAGCCCCAAACCUGUAGAGGACCCAGUAGAUUCUUCAACUGACUCCACCUGUAACUGUCUUGCUGGUGUGGAUGGACUGACAGAAGAACCCACACGCGACAGUAGAUUCCCAUGGAAGGGCAUAUCUCAGCUUGAAGUUUUGUUUGGAUCCCAUUUCUAUGAGACUAUGUGUUCCAUACUGCCAACUGAAAAUGCCUGGUCCUCUGAUUUCAUGCCAGAGCAGAAGGUCCACUGAAAGAAUGUGUGUAGGUGUCUGUGUGUCUGUCUGUGCCAUGGGUCUCUGUGUAUGUGAGGCAGGAAAUGUGUUCUCUGCAUGCAUGUAUGUAGGUGCAUGGAAUGUGUGUAUGUGGGUCCUGGGCUCCUGGCUUUGCCCCUGGUGGGGGUUGUGAAAGUGUGAAUAAAGAGAUUGAAGAUA